AUGCACCUCUAUGGCGAUGGUCUCGCCGCCGCAUUCACUCAGUGUUGCAUUGUGUAUUACAUGGGUGCGGCCCUCCUGCAUUAUGUCUUGCCCGUCCUGUUGCCGCGUCCCUCGGUGCAAAAGGGCCACCCCAAGCAGGGUCAGGUGUUGAAGGAGUCCAUCAUGAGCAUAGGUGCACUGCUUGUAAAGGCCCUUGUGCUGACGGCUGUGGAGAAGCUGCAUGCAGCAGGGUAUGGCAAGCUAUACACCGGAAGCAUCCACUCAGUCUCUGAUGUGACCUACGCUGUCAUCACCAUAGUCAUCCUGGACUGCCUGCAUGACACCUGGUUCUACUGGACGCACCGUCUGCUCCACUGGAAGCCCCUGUAUCGCCACAUUCACUACAUCCACCACAAGUCCACUGUACCCACCCCUUUUGCGGGCUACUCCUUCCAUGUGGUCGAAGCCCUCAUUGUCUUUGCCAACGAGAUCAUCGUCUGCUUCCUCUUCCCCAUCCACGCGUCACUCCACCGCACCUACCACCUUUUCACCACCCUCAUCCACAUCGGCGGGCACGCCGGGUACGAGAUGGCGCCCCUUAUCCCCAGCGUGGAGCAGGCGCUGAGCUGGCUGGUCCAGGGGCCCAGGCCCUGCGGUGCCCUGAACACGGUGAAGCACCACGACAUGCACCACCAGAUCCCCACCAUCCACUUUGCCCUCUACUUUGUGCACUGGGAUAGGUUGUGCGGCACAGAGCACCCGGCGUACCGGGGCUAUGCCCGGAAACUGGCGGCCCAGGGCCAGGAGGAGAGCUGA